AUGCCGGCCAGUCUCCGCGACCUCUCACCAUUCAAGGGAAAACCCCUCUGGGAACCCGACGACGAUGAAUGGGGUGAACUAGACGCUACUCAAAUCUCCUCCACUUUCAAAGCGACCUUCAAAGACCCCGGUCAAGCCAGUCCGCGAAAGUUAACGAACACCAGCACUCUAUCCCGCUUCAGCGCCACACUGACUUCCCUCCUCCCCUCCUCCCCCACAAAACGCGCUUCCGACGCCCUCCUCCGCGAAGAAGAAGCCCUGCGAGACAAACUAGAAGAACUGCAAAACACAUACUACUCCAAUCCUGCGGGCGACAUUUGCGACAAAGUCAUGACCUCUGUCUUCCUGCCCGGCUCCCAGUACUUCCACUACGACCAAACCAGGGAUUCCGUCCGCGCUCCCCACGUCAUCGACCUAGACGCUUAUUUCAACGCUCAAGACACGCUGGUGCAAGUCGCGUACCCGCGUCUCAGCGACGCCAUCGCCACGAUUCUCAGUCACACGAAUAGACAGUGUGUAGAAGCGUUCCUGGACCCGCGGGUCGACGAGUUCGUGUAUAGACGGGAAGUAGAAAGGAAUAAAGCAGGGAGUAUCUUUGUGAUUAGAAGGAAGGGAAAUGCCAUCAUCGCAGGCUCCUACCGCAACCUAGGCUUCUCACUCUCCUGGACUCUCUACGUCAAAGCCAUGAUCGGCGCAACAGGACUAUGGUACGACACUUAUGCUUCACCCGUAGCAGGCUCGACUCCAAUCGUCGAUGGAGUACCAGCUUGGGAUACUUUUGUGCCUAUUGGCACUGAAGAUCCAUGCCUUCAACUAUCAUCCGAUCCGGCUCAGCCUGUCACAUCACCCCGCAAGAUCAUAUUGUCUAGUCCUAGUCCGCAGAAGAAAGAUGUGGUAGGGAAAGAAGACGGGAUCAGUCCUACGAAUGAGAAGUUUGUGCUGUAUCAGAGUAGGACGCUUGCGAGGUAUCUGUUGAGGGAUGUUUGGGUUAGGCUUGAGGGGCGGUAUGAGUGUAAAGCUACGUGUGAAGUUGAUGGGGUGGGGAAGGAGGUUAGGCUGAGGAGAGCGUUGGUGGGGUUUGGAGAUGAGGAUGAUGAUGAGUAG